AUGCAGCUUGAGAUUACUGUGAAGCAAGCCGUCGGCCUGAAGCACGACGGCCGGCAUUGUGUGGAGUUCUUGCUGGAUAACCAUGCUCCCCAGCGUACUCGCUGGGUAGAUGACUUCUACGACACACAGGGGCUCGUCGUUCAGCCAAAGAACUUCCAGUCCAGCAGAUGCACCAUCACCCUGAAGGCUGACAAGAGCGCCUACAAGGACAGCUUUCUGCAUCUGGCUCUUUUUCACCAGAGGAACAUCCGUGACGACAAGCGUGCCGCCGAAGCUCACUUGCCUUUUUCUGGCAUGACGAAUGGAUUCAAAGGCUGGGUGGGUCUUGAGCAUAAGGACAAAUAUGGAGGAAAGUUAUAUAUAGAGGCAAACCUCAAGGAGGCUGCUCCUGCACCUGCUCCUCCCCGACCAAAAGCUGCGGCACCUGUUCUGGACGAUGCAGAGCUUGCAGAGCAGCAGGCCAUCUUGGCAAGCAUCCAAGCCAGCCAGAGACGCUCACAAAGUGGCCAAGCUCUGCCUGCGCGGCAGAGCAGCCAGAAUAGCAUACAGAGCCAGAGUCAGAGUCCUGCAUCGGCCACAGCCCCAUCAUGGCCAUGGCCUGACAGCACGAGCACCUCGCAGCAGGCCGCGCCGCGCCCUCCAUCUUGGCCGGACUGGCCUGGCUCUGCCGCUGCCGCUGCGGCUUUGCCUCCCAGUACACCCUCUGCGCGGGAGCCAGAAGCGGAAGUGAUCCUGCCAGACUGGCUGCCUUGGCCUCGCUUCAGAGCCGCCUUGCAGGCCGGGAGGCGAGAAGCUCUCAGCCUCAGCUCCCGGCUCCCCGCUUUCUCAGGGGAGCCGAAGCCAACCGGACGCCGCAAGGCGCUCUUGAUCGGAGUGAAUUAUCCAGGCACUUCGGCUCAGCUGCGCAACGGCAUCAACGACGUUGAGAGGGUCGCGGCGGUGCUCGGAAGAUUGGGAUUUCCGGAAGAAUGGAUGUUAAAACUCACGGAUGAUGCCCUGCCACCGGAAGCCGCCCCGACAAAGAGCAACUGCAUCGCUGCCAUGCAGUGGUUGACCCACAACGUUGCACCGGGCGAUGUCUUGUUCUUCCACUUCAGUGGCCAUGCGACGCAGGACGAUGCAGAAGGAAGCGAUGCACUUUGCCCAUCCGACUUUAUGGAAGCUGGCUUUAUAUCCUCCGAGAAGGUUUACGAGACCUUGAUGCGGGGUCUGCCAGCCCAUGUCAGAUUGACGAUGCUCUUGGACUGCUGCAUUCCAUGUCUGUGUCCGGAACUGCCGCUGCUCUACGAUGUGGAGCAGGACCGAUGGGUCGUCGGCAGCUCUGCAUCCUCAAGUGCCGACGUGGUCUGUUUUUCAGCAGCCGGCUCAGACAUGACCAUGGAAGAGCUGCAUCAGCUCCGCAUGGCAGAGCACGGCUUCGUCACGAGUGCAUUUCUCCAAGCCAUGCAGCACUUAGCACAACAAAGGAAGGGGCCGGUAACGUACCAGGAGUUGGUCUCGGAAGCCAGCCAGCACCUCCGACCCUUCGCACACAGAGCACUGCAGCUGUCUGUGACGCAGAUGUUCGAUCCAAACGUUCGGACGUUCCGGUUCUUCGAUGCGAUCAAGAGCAAAGUGCGCUAG